UGCAAACCUGUCAGACAUAGUCCUGUAAGUCAGGUUUCAAGCGACAAAAUUGCUACCACUGACCUCACCUUGGUUACCAAUGACAGAUUAUCCAACGACAAUCGGAGUUUCCAGCGUAAGCGUGAGCGCCCAACUGGCAAUGAAGGAGUUGUUGACUGCUUCGGUGGCAAAGAGGAAGUUAUGGAAGAGGAGCCAAAUCAAAUUGUGCAUGGACUGAUGCGUGCCUUCUCCCCGUGUCCGACACCGCUAUGUUCAGUCCGUCGACAGAAUAGAUGCCUAGAUCGACGAACAUUGCCUUUGUACUUGUCAACAGAUCCUUACUGCACCACUUUAAAAGUUACUUGCCCAGAAUAUUUUGCCUCUAGAGGCGUUCAAUUUUGGGUGAAUCAGGUAUUUUAUCAAGUGCCCGGUGUGCCGAAUCCAGUCCUCUGGGGCAGACUUAGUCACGGAGAGAUAUUCGAAGGUCAAAGGCUUUGGCUUGGGCCCGAUCCCGUGAGCCUUUGUCUCUUCCUAUUGUUUUCUCUAGCUCAACCUUUAUUUGAAAUAUAA